AUGAGAGUAAGUCACGUUGAAGGUCAUAUCGAACAGCAGCUCGCUCUUUCUUCUUUAAUUGGUCAUGCUUAUGAAAGCUUGAUAAAGUGCGGCGUAGAGAAUGUCAACUCUCAGAGGGUUAACUUACGCCUUUCGGCUCUCAAGGAGAACUGGGAUAAAUUCCGCAUAAAUCAUGAAGCGAUUACGCUUUCGAUUAAGCAAUUGGAGGAGGAGGAUGAAACUUUUGAAACUCUUGGACGACCUGUCAAUUCGUGGGAUGAUGUCUUGAUUUUCACAGUCACCCAACGACUCGAUCCUGAAUCUGUCAAGGUCUGGGAACAAACUAUCGGUUCAUCGAAAGAGCUUCCUACUUGGAAUCAAUUUUUGGAAUUUCUGAUUACACGACUAGUUACCUUACAAAAUUAUGAAAAGUCCAGAACAGGUAAGCCCUUUCAAUCCAUUCAGAAUUCUCAAAGGCUUCAUUUCCAGGGAAAGGUCCAAGAUAGCGACUCUAAGGUGUGCCCUUUUUGUGAGGAAGCUCAUUGGCCAUAUAACUGUCCGCUCUAUAAGAACAAGCCAUUAUCUCAGCGGUUCGCACUCGUCAAAAGACAUCGUCUUUGUUACAAUUGUUUCGGACCACAUCGAGCCGUGCAAUGCCGGAUGUCGGUCCAUUGUAAAAAAUGUGCUGGGAAGCAUCACGUUUCCCUCCACCGUGGAAAUUUUGAAGGUUCGAAAGCUACGGCUAAAUCUUCCACUCCAUCUGAAACGAACAAACCAGAGAAUCUUCAUGCAGAGGGUUCUACCGCAUGUCAGGAGAAAAAGAAACCUUUUCAGGUAUUUCAUUCUCUCGAGUUAAAUAAGCUUAAUCAACACACUGUUUUAUUAGCCACUGCGCUCGUUUCUAUUCGGUCUUCUACCGGACACUGCUGUCAAGCUCGUGCUCUUAUCGAUCAAGGAUCAGAGAUAUCCUUAAUUACGGAACGUUUAGCACAACGAUUACACUUACCUCAAAUCAGAUCAAAUAUUUCCUUAAUCGGUGUUGGUGGGAAGAAAUGUAAUACUUCAAGGGGAAUAGUACAUUUUCAAUUAAAGCCACAUUUCGAAUCGUCAUUCGAAUGCACCGUACCCGCUCAUGUUUUACCACGAUUAACUACUUCAUUACCUUCCGCUUCUUCUAAGCAGGAAUCAUUGUUACAUUUGAAAGAUCUAAUGGUGGCGGAUCCUGAAUGGUUUCAAUCUCGUCAAAUUGAUCUCCUACUCGGGGCAGAAGUUUACUGUCAGAUUCUCCAAGAAGGCAUCAUUAAGGGUCCUAUCGGGUCUCCUAAGGCACAAUUGACCGAGUUAGGGUGGAUCAUUUCGGGUCCUACGUACCCCAGAGUGUCCACUAAUACUUCUUCCAGCUUUCAUAUAUCCAUUGACGAUAAUCUCUAUCGUCUAAUACAUAAGUUCUGGGAGAUAGACGAAGUCCCUUCAACUAACACCAUUCUUUUUGCUGACGAUCAAGCAUGUGAAGAUCAUUUUGUUUUGACUCACUCUCGUCAUAAGGAUGGGAGAUAUGUAGUUCGAUUACCCUUCAAAAGGUCAAUGACUCACCUCGGCAAUUCACGGCAAAGGGCCGUUCAAAUUAUGUUAAGACUUUCUCGUAAACUUUCUUUAGAUUCUAGUUAUUCAAAACUUUAUACGGAGUUUCUAACCGAGUACGAGGAGCUGAAUCACAUGAGGUUAAUUCCUCCACAUUUACCGGAACCUCAGCAUGUUUAUUAUCUACCGCAUCACGGUGUGAAAAGAGAGCAAAGCCUCACCACUAAAUUGCGUGUUGUAUUUAAUGGAUCCAGCCCUUCGUCCUCGGGGUUUUCAUUAAACGAUUUAUUGCAUACUGGAGCGAAGCUUCAAAUAGAUUUAUUCGACGUUCUUCUUUGGUUCCGUCAAUUUCGCUAUGUAUUCUCCUCUGAUAUGGAAAAAAUGUACCGUCAAAUAGAGGUUCAUCCCCACGAUUGGGACUUUCAGAGAAUUCUUUGGUGUGAUCAAUCACUCAAUUUAAGAGCCUAUCAACUCACUACUGUUACCUAUGGCCUAGCAUGCGCCCCCUUUCUCGCGUUACGUACCAUCCAGCAAUUGUUACUCGAUGAAGGUUCCAAGUAUCCUUUGGCGGCUUCGAGUCUGCAAAAAGGACGUUAUGUGGACGAUCUGUUUGGCGGAGCAGAUAGUAUAGAGCAAGCACAAGAAGUCGUCUCUCAAUUAACACAAUUGUGCAUGGCGGGCGGAUUUAAACUUAAGAAAUGGUCUUCUAACCAAUCCGAAAUACUUGCCUCAAUCCCCAAGGAAGAACAGAUCUCAUGUUUAACCGUAGGUUUCGACAAUGAAGCAAUUAUUCAGACUCUUGGGUUGCAAUGGCUACCAUCUAGCGAUCUGUUUCAAUUCACUUUUAAUUAUGACAUUAACCCUUAA